AUGCUUGAAGAAGACUCGAGUCUUUUGCGCAAUGCACACAAUUAUUCUGAUGAUGUUGCUAGUAUGAAUUUUGCAGAGACAGGGGUUUAUCAAGAAUCAUUGUUAAAUCAAGUAACUGGGUUCCACGUCACACAAAAUUUUUGUAUAGAUAUAAUGCACGAUUUGUUUGAGGGCGUUUGUCACUAUGAUUUGUGUAACAUAAUUAAAUAUUAUAUUGUUACUGCUAAAUUGUUUUCACUUGAAACUUUAAACAAUCGCAAAAUGAAUUUUAAUUAUGGACCCAUUGAGAUAGGUAACAUUUCACCCCCCAUAAAAAUGAUUCAUUUAGAAAAAAAACAUUUAAAAAUGUCCGCUAGGGAAGUUAUGACAUUUGUUCAUUUUUUUCCUCUCAUGGUAGGAAAUCUUAUCCCUGAAAAUGAUGAAGUUUGGAACCUUUUUCUUUUAUUAAUUCAAAUUAUAGACAUUCUUUUAUCUUAUACCUUUACUGAUAGUGCAAUUUCCCAUCUUAAACAAUUAAUUUCUCAUCAUAAUUCUAUGUACAUAACACUUUUCAAUGACACCUUAAAACCGAAACAUCACUUUAUGAUCCACUAUCCAACAAUAAUAACAAAUUCAGGCCCUCCUAGACAUUAUUGGUGUUUUCGUUAUGAGGGUAAACAUAAAGAAUUAAAGAUGUAUGCAAGGUCAACAACUUCUAGGAAAAACAUUACCUUAACCUUAGCAAAAAAAAUGCAAUUCAAAUUUGCUCAUAGCUUAAUGGUAUUACCUGAUAAAAAAAUUAUUGUAAAUGAUAAACAUAAAAUUCAAAGUAAUUAUACAGAAAAUAUAAAUAACAAACUUAAUUUGACUGUGUUGCAAUAUGCCUGUUAUACUGAAUUAAUGUUAAAUGGAAUUGUAUACAAAAAAGAUUAUUUUUUAACAAAAAACUGUGAUAAAAUAUGCUUAUUUAAAAUAUGUGAAAUUGUAUUAAUUAAUAAACCAGAUAGUAAUGUUUAUGUUAUGGCUAAUGAAAUAAAGUUAAAUCGUUUCAAUUCUCAUUUUGAAUCUUUUAGUGUAGAUUAUAACGAAGAAGUUGUUAAUCGUAAUUGUAUUUCUAAUGUAGAUGAAUUUAGUGGACCUCCUAUAAAUAUAAGUAAAAUUUCAUCUGGUCAAAAAAUGAUCCAAAAGAGUUUUAUUAAUUGUUAA